AAAUAAACAAGCUGCGUUCUAGGGAGGAGAAGCUAGGAGUCAGAGCAGAGUCAAACACCAGGACAGCUGAAGGCAGAGGCACAGAUUGGGUCAUCUUAGCCUGUAAGACUUUUUCCUACUCAGAAGCCUUGCUUUUAGAAGAGAGAUUAUAUCUGAGGUGUACUUGAGUGGUUUGGUUCAGAGUCUCUUACAUGUAACUUAGAAUAAUAUGAAUGAAGAAAUAAGAAGACGCAAUUGAAGGUGUCCCAGGGAAAGAUGUGUCUCUUUGGAUAAAGAAAAGACUUGGAACUUCUUGAGUUGGGAGGAUAAAAGAUGAAGAAGAUGAUCUAUUAGAGGUCACUUAUAGCAAUGGUUUGAACUUCAAAGGACAUAUAAUGGUAUUUUAAUUCUGAUUUGGGGCCUGAAUUUGGGAAAGGAAGAAUCAAGAAUAGUUGUCCAAGAGACAAGAUGUUCACCAUGUGUAUACCUGAUGCCUGCCUAGGUCAGAAGAGGGUGUCAGAGGAACUUGCUUCUCUCCAUGUGAGACCAAGUACGGCAAAUAUUUGAACAGUAAUCAGGAAGAAAAGUGGAAUUGUGUGAAGUAACUGUUUGGGUUUAUUUCUUUUUAAACUAAUAUAAACAGAAAACUUUAUAUUAGUUCUUGCCUCUGUCCAACUCUAUAUCAGAAAUGGAAGUAACUGAGACCUUCAGCAAUAACAGAAAUUGUGCAAUAGAAAACUUCAAGAAAGAAUUUUACCCCAUCAUAUACCUGAUAAUAUUUGUCUGGGGAGCCUUGGGAAAUGGCUUUUCUAUAUAUGUCUUUGUACAGACUUACAAGAAGUCCACAUCUGUUAAUGUUUUCAUGCUUAACCUGGCCAUUUCAGAUUUCCUAUUCAUAAGCACCCUACCCUUCAGGGCUGACUACUAUUUCAAAGAUAUCAAUUGGACAUUUGGGGACACAGCCUGCAGAAUUAUGUCUUAUUCCUUAUAUGUCAACAUGUAUACUAGCAUUUAUUUUCUAACUGUGCUGAGUGUUGUGCGUUUCCUGGCCACUGUCCACCCUCUCCAGAUGCUCCAUGUCACCAGCAUCAGGAGUGCCUGGAUCUUCUGUGGGAUCAUAUGGGUCUUCAUCAUGGUUUCUUCAACACCACUUCUGAUGAAUGGCCAAGAGGAGAAAAAUAACACUACAUUGUGCUUUGAGCUGAAUCACCAAAAGUUUAAAAAUCUCGAGAUAAUGAAUUACAUUGCAUUAGUGGUAGGCUUCUUGCUUCCGUUUUUCACACUCACCAUCUGCUACCUGCUGAUCAUCCGGGUCUUGUUAAAGGUGCAGAUUCCAGAAUCAGGUCCACGGGCUGCUCAUAGGAAGGCUCUGACCACCAUUGUCAUUGCCAUGAUCAUCUUCCUCUUCUGUUUUCUGCCAUACCACGUACUGCGGACCCUCCACUUGUUCACAUGGGAGGCAGAUUCAUGUGGGAAUGAGUUACAUAAGGCCACGGUCAUCACACUGACCUUGGCUGUAGCCAAUAGCUGCUUCGAUCCCCUUCUCUACUAUUUUGCUGGAGAGAAUUUCAAAGCUCGUUUAAGGGCUGUAUUCAGGAAAGAUCAUCUAUAGAAAGCAGUCAAAAUGCAGCCUUCCUAUUUGUGUGUAGCUGAAGAACAGAAUUAAGAGUAAAGGGAGCUGUUCAAUGCUCCUGAACAUUGGUGUCCACCUUCAUUCACUCAGCGUCUCCAAAUUACUUUAUAUUUGCAUCAUAAUCAACAAGUCUUGGUUCCUGACAUUUAAUUGACCAGUACACUUGCUAAUAAAGCCCAUUUCA